UGAUGACGAAAUUAUUCAAACUAGUGAUAAUAAUGGUGUAUGGUCUAGUAACAAUGAUGAAGAACAAUUCAGUAGCCAAAUCAAUCUAAAUACUAUUAAUAAUAAUGAUUAUGAUAAUAUCUUUAAUACUUUGAACAAUAUAUUUGAUAGAAUUUAUAAUGGCAUGAAUGAUAUUUUUAAUGGACAAAGGGUUACAAACAACAGUUAUUAUCCAAAUGCAUUAAAUAGUAUCAAUCCUAUAGUUAAUUCUGAAAAUUUAUCAAAUGAUUUAGAUGCUAUUGAACAUGAUUAUAGCAACGAUGAAAUACUACAGCCAGAAUAUCAAGCUAUAAUGACCACGAAGAAUAGCAAAUCUAAAAGAUCAGGCUGUCGUUGGCAUGUUAAUAUGUCUUUUCCAAAAAAAACUGCAGUUAUUAGUAUAACAUCACUAGAACUUAGUCAUAAUCAUACAAUUAGCCCGAGGGCAAAUUUAUAUACUUCAAAAUAUAGAACAUUCCCUGAUGAUAUUGUACAAAAAGUUCGCUUCUAUACAGUCGAAGGCAAUUUAAGCGCAACAAUUCAAUAUCGGCUUUUAUUUGCAAAGUUUUCUAACUUCACAAUUCACCCAAGAGACUUGCAUAAUUUAAUACAGAAAUAUAAAAGAAUAGAUCAUAAAGAAAAUAAUGCUGCAAAACUUCUAAAACACCUACUUACUAAAAAAGCUGAAAAACAUGGGUGGGAAGUGUUUUGGAAACUCCAUCAAGAGACAAAUAAUGCCGCCAUAGACAGUCAAUAUAGUGACACAUAUCCUCUUUAUUGCCUUUAUCAUAUUUUACAAAAUCUUACUUGCAACCUCAAGGCUCCUCUCACACAAUAUAUUGAUCACACUGAAUGGAACUAUACCAAUGCAAGUGUGCAAUUGAGUGGUGUAUCUGCAGAAUGUUUUCCUCAAAUAGAUUGUGUUCUUGAAGAAAAUCUAACAGAAGAGAUGCUUUUACAACAGAGACAUGAAAUUACUCAAUCGCUUUAUUAUUAUUCCAAAAUAAACUUGGGCGAACAACUCUACAUGAAUACUUGUGCAAUAGAACCAAAUGAGAACUACUUAUCUUGUCCAAAGUUUUUUUCUAUGCAGCAAAUUAUUAAGCUAUGUGGAGAUGAUGUUUUUAGUCCAGAAGUUUGUCAUACUGUUCAAAAAAGAUGUGAUUAUGGAGAAACAUUUAAUCUUGCCCGAAAGGCAGUUCGCACUGCAGUUGAAUCAGGUGGUGAUUCUCUUUAUUGCCUUAAAAAAAGUCUUAAUAAUUGGUUUGCUGAAGAAAAAAGACUAUCUUAUGUAAGAGAUGAUGAUCAAGAAAACUUUAACCCCAGUCAAGUUGAAAAUCUGAUUGAAAAACAGCAUAGAGGGCAACCUUCAACUAAGUGA